UGUUUGAUUUCACAUCUUGCCGAAAAAGACCCCCAAAUUCCUAAUCAGUUCUUAACCCCAUCCUGAGAUAAACCCUAACUUUUCUUAAUGGAUUUCUUCAAAUCAAUUUUCGCGGACGAUCCGUACCCUCCUGAUCCCGAAUCUGAAUCCAAUUCCCUGAAAGACCAAGACUCUGCUCCCGAUUCCCCUCCUAAGCAGUCCGAUUCUAACCCUACCGGCUGGAGCUUCGGCGAUCUAGUCAAAACGAUUGCGAGCAGAUCGGAAUCCGUAAUCGAAGUCUACCGUCGCGAUCUCCAGGAAUUCGGGACGGGCCUGAAAAAUGAAAUCGAGGUAGCGCAAGGCUCGUUAGGCAACGUUGGGCACGCAAUUGACGAGUUAGGGAGCACAGUUUUAAAAGGAACGGUUCAGAUCAUCAAUCAAGGCAGGGAUGUAAUCCUAGCCGCCACUAACGAAUCUGAUUCACCUUCCUCCGAAAGCAAUAGCAGAAGUUUCAGUACUCAACGUGGUUUGAACUCGAGAGGGUACAGCCGAUUCGAUGCUCAAUUAAGGGCAAUUCAAGGAGAUAUUAGUACUUACGGUGAAGAGCCAGAGGAUUUGGAGGAUUAUAAGAAGUGGAAAUCAGGGUUCAAUUUGGAAGAUAAGAAGGGACAGAUUGAGAGAUUGAUGGAAGAGAAUGGGGAAAUAGAGAGUAUUUAUAAAAGGGUUGUUGGUGUUUCAGAUGGGGUUGAUCAUGAGACAUUUUGGUGUAGGUAUUUUUAUAGGGUUUAUAAGCUUCAGGUAGCAGAGGAUAUGAGGGUUAAGCUUGUUAAGAGAGCAAUAUCAAGGGACGAUGAGGAUGAGGAGUUGAGUUGGGAUGUUGAUGACGAUGAUGAUGAAGAGGUGGAUGUUAAAAAUGUCGGGUCGAACCCGAUUUUGAAGAAAGAUGAUGAAAUUGUGGAAGGAAAAGCUGUGAAUUUGGAAUCUAAUGGUGAUUUUCCAGCGAAUAAGGAGCAAGUUGAGAAAGUUGAGAAGGUUAAGCAAAAGAAUCCUGUUGAGGAACUGAGAGUGGAGAGUGAUGAUGCAGAAAAGAAGGGAAAUGCUGAUGAAAAAUCAAGUUUUGGCAAUGUGGUGACCGAGAAAGUUAAUUCAGAGAAGGAUGAUGGGGUAUCCAAGGAAGAUUCAGUGUCGAAAUCAGUAGAGAAAGUAGCUUCCGAAGAGCAAGAUGAUCGUAAGAAAUCUAGUAAUGACAAUGGUUUGUCAAGCCGCCCUUCAAUGCCUGGUGAGGAGGAUCCUGGGUGGGAUGAAAUCGAGGAUCUCAGUAGCAUUGAUGAUAUGAAAGGGACUUAUGGUGGUAAUUCAAUUUUGAAUAGAGCUGAUUUGAGAAAGCGACUUAGUACUGCAGAAGAAGACGAGGAUUUGAGCUGGGAUAUUGAAGAUUGAUGACGAACCGGUUAAAGCUUGAUGAAAUUUGUUGAUAUUUGUUACCCAUAGAAUUCAUUUUAUCUGCAUAUAAAGCAUUCUACUGUUUGUCCCCUGCAAGUGUUUUAUAAUGCGGAGGAUUCAUUUUCCUUUUUCAUUUGAAACGCAAAUUAUCUUCUAUGAUUGUGUAGCUUCUAACACUUGAUUGAAAUGAAAUUGAAGAAAUAAAUGUUCAUAA